AGGAUUGCCGAUAGUAAAUUGCAUCAACUUGCCGAAGCCAUGGCCUUAGUUCAAGCUUCCCAUCGCUAUCACAGCAACCACCCAACCCUUAAAACAACUAAAAAAAUCCCCAAUGUUCUCCAAAGAUUCUACCUUCAUCUUCCACCUAUAAAACCCACCUAAAAGUUAACACCUUUCUCCGAAUCCUCACCUCAACAUUCACAUUUUCCAUCAUCUUCAUCGCCACCAACAAGACCAUCUCAUGGACUGGUUAGAAGACUCGAUUUUCCCGCUACCGUUCCUCGACGAUCCUUACACCCUCACUGAAGAAAUCGCCCGCUAUGACUGGUGGCCUCAGACACAAAAUCAAAUCCAAUCCCCAACCAUCGCCGCCGUAGCUCCCCCCGCCGCCGUCAAUCCCAAAGCAAUCACACCCAAAUCAGAAUUACCAAAAAAACGAAAAUUUCAAUCAAACCCACCCGCCGCCCAGCGGCGAAGAACAGGCAACGAAGGGCACAACGAGAAGAAGACUCACGGAGGUGUAACCGGCGGGAGCAGAGAGGCGCGAUGGGCUGAACAGCUUCUGAAUCCUUUGGCCGCUGCCAUCGAAUCGGGAAACAUCUCCCGCGCCCAGCAUCUCCUCUACGUCCUACAAGAGCUGGCCUCCCCGACCGGAGAUCCUAACCACCGGCUCGCUUUCUACGGCCUGCAAGCCCUAACACACUGCCUUAGCGGCGGAUACGCGAAGGCGGAGCCAAAGGGGUUCCGAUCGGCAUUAAUAAAGUUCCAUGAGGUGAGCCCGUGGUUCGCCCUCCCCAACUGCCUCGCGAAUGCGGCGAUCUUGUCGGCGUCGGCAGGUGCGAAGAGACUGCACGUGGUGGAUGCCGGGGUUUCGCACGGGGUUCAGUGGCCGACGAUGCUGGAAGCACUGACGCGGCGGCCCGGUGGGCCACCGUCGAUGGUGAAACUGACGGUGGUUGAUGCCGGAUCGAACGGGCCAUUCGGGUCGGCGCCGGAAGGGUACGAUUUCGGGCCGCAGUUGAUGCGAUAUGCGAAGUCGAUUGAGGUGGAUUUGAUAGUGGAGAGAGGGGAGAUGGUGGAGAGGAGACGGGGAGGGGAUGAGGAGAGGGUGGUAGUGUGCGCGCAGUUUAGGGCGGGAAGAGCGGGGUUAGGGUUUUUGAGGGCGGUGAGGGAGAUAGAGCCGGAUUUGGUAGUAUUGAGUGAGGGGGAGGAGGAAGGAGAAGGGGAAGGGUUAGGAUUUGGGAGGAGAGCGGAGGUGAUGUGGAGGUUUCUAGAGUCGACAAGCGCGGCGUUUAAGGGGAGGGAAUGUGAGGAGAGGAGAGUGAUGGAAGGGGAGGCGGCUAGGGUUUUAGAGGAGCGGAGGGAAGGGGGGAGGGAGAGAUGGAAGGAGAAGAUGGAGGGGCUGGGGUUCCGGGAGGAAGUAUUUGGGGAGGAGGUGGUGGAGGCGGGGAGAGCUUUGUUGAGAAAGUACGACGGGAAUUGGGAGAUGACAUUUGGGAGUGAAGGUCGGGUGGGGUUGUGGUGGAAAGGGCAGGCGGUUUCGUUCUGCUCGCUGUGGAAGCUGGCACGACACAAGACGACGGCGACGGCGGCGGUGGCGGCGGCUGGUUGUGGUAAUGGUGUAAGGCAUUAUUAGUUUUAGUUUUUUGUGUCUGUCUUAGGAAGGAUUGAGGAGUGAGGAAAAUUCUUCGUCAUGUACAGGAAGAGGAAGAAGAGAUUCUCCUUGAUUGACAGUAAUCAUUACUUGUGCUAGGUAGAACCGUAGAAGAAGAAGCUCGCUUGAGGAGCCAUUAGUCAUGGUCGCAGUUGCAGGUUGCUUCUUCCGAGAAAAGUGAUGGAUUUGUAUCUUUGAGACGAACUUGAAAGAAGGAUCUUAAAGAACUGCGUAUGGUUUGAAGGAAUUGAAUUGGAAGUUA